AUGGUGCUGGAAACAACAUUCGAUUGCCUGCCCAGCUGGGUUGGACAAGUUGCUUUUGGAACUACCCUCGUCAGCCUGGUUCUGUGGCUCUCAUCAUUUUUCAGUGCAUUCAAGAAGUACGAUCGUAAGACAAUGACUGAGGACGUGGAAAAUGAUUCAUCACUGUUGGGUAUUGAUGAAGUGCUUGUGUUCCCAGGAAGAACGUCUCAUACUCGACUCUCCCCUGUAGUUCGUUCAUUCUGGUUUCAUUUCCUCAUUGCGGCAGUCCCUAUCAGGAACUGCAGGUCGAACUGGUUCGUGUCAGUCGACAGUGACACCAAACCAUGGUGGCAUCGAGGCUGGCUCCGAGUUGACCCUCCAGAUCAUCUUCAUCGAGGGGAAGACGAGAACGGAUUGAGCUACAAGCUUGACAAAUUCCUUUCCUCAAAGCAAUACAAUCCCGCCGACUAUCCCACAGUAUGGCUCGUUACAUCGCCAAGGUUUCUAGGAUACAAGUCCGACCAGGCAUCGUUCUGGUACUUGUAUACUGCUGACGGAACUCUUGACAUGAUGAUUAUCGAAGCGAAUAACAGCUUCGACGAGCGAAAGGUAUGGGUAGUACCAGCGGCCCAAGAGCAUGGUAUGUGCAAUAACACAGCGACAAAGACACACAGACGGAAAUUCCAUCAGUAUUGGCCAAAGGAAUUUCAUGUCUCUCCUUUCAACUCAAUACACGGUUCCUACUCCAUAUCUACGCUGGACUCGUUUUCGCCUGGAAAGCCGCUUAAUUCAGCGAAUGCUAUUGAUCUCACAAUCACACUUCUGGAGUCACAGCGUCGUCCCAAGUUGGUGGCUCGCGUUUGGUCCGUAUCAAAACCUUUGAUUCCAUCAAGAGUCUGGGUUCUCUAUGGAUAUCUCUUUCUCGCAUCAUGGUGCUUGACUGCAGCUUUAGUCACGCCACGGACUCUUUUUCAGGCAUUCAUCCUAUCGAAGAAACAUAAGCUAAGCUUUCGAGUCCGACCUGAACCGAAACCCGGGACGUUUCCUCGCCGUAAUACGACAGCUGAAGGAUACCUCCGCGAGAUAUUCAUCGAUUAUCUUCGACAAAUCAUGAACAAGUCACCAGAGAAUUUCUACCUCACUUUAUCGGAACCCGGCUUCGAAACCAUCAUUCUCAACACACGGAACGUCGCUUGGGAUUCACCUCUUUACCACAUAUCUGUACUGACACCGAAGUUCUAUGCUACCAUAGUAACUUGUCCUACCAUUGAGACGUUCCUCUACACUGCCUUGCUUCACAAGGAUGAUGGACGACGAACUGCGUGUACAGAUACAAAAGAUUCUGAAGGUUUGAUCGUGCUGCUGAAAUAUGUUGCGGCAUAUUUCUCGCUUUCAUCCCGAGACCCGAAUUCUGUCCUGUGGAAUACUACUGAUACUGCGAGUAAUGGUAAUACGAUUACGCGAACCUGGAUUGUCAAGUCUCCAAAGCUAGCGAUAUUAUCUCUACUUUCGUUGAUAUGGUUCCUUGUUACACAUGUACGGUACUGGCUCUCCAAAUCGAGUGGUGAGGGGUUGCGGUUGUCAAACACAGUCACCGCACCAACUUCGGUAACGGAGAGUGGCACAAAGGUCCAGAUCGAUGAAGAGUUGUGUUCACAUGCUGAUACCUAUCGAAAUGGAACGGUUACGGAUGACUCGAAAUGUUUCCUGGAUCAUUUUGUGCGUGAAAACUAUGGACCUGCUGCUCAAUUUGGGUAUUUAUGGGCCCAGUUAAACACUGUUAUGAGAGAGCAGAUUCUAGGGAUUACUGGUGGAGGUUGA